GUAUUUUAACGUGGUCUCGAGCUUAAUAACAGGAGCGUGCGAAAUAGUGCGAGUAGAGAUUUCAUUUUGAAGUCCUCGCGCCAUCUCUUUCUCCACCGAACAACAAAUUUAACCACCGAACCUUCUCUCUUGCUGACCUCAAUCUUUCCGAGUCUCUGAGAAAUGGCAAUCGCCAACUUCUGCAACAUCCCUACGCGCGCCGUCUCUCUGCACUCAUCAAACCACCACCGUAGCUAUAAUACCUUCACUAUCAUCACUCCUCGUAUCAUUACCACUAGUAAUUCUAAACUCUCUACUCCCUCUCUUACUCGGUCAUUUCCCCGUAAUCGAUUCCAUACAACUAUCGUCUUUUCCUCUGGUGGAACUGGCGGCUCAGAUAGUGGUGGAAGCGGCGGCAGCGGUGGAAGAGGUGGAGGAGGGAAUGGAAGAAAUGACGGUGACGAUGAUGCUGGAUCCCGCAACCGGACUGAAGCCAUUCUGGCAUUGGCUGAGGUAGGGAGGUCAUUGGAGAGCUUGCCAAAGGACUUGGCGGGGGCAAUUGAGGCAGGGAGAGUGCCGGGAUCGAUUGUGUAUAGGUACUUUGAGCUGGAGAAAUCGCCGAUAUUCCGAUGGUUACUUCAGUUUGGUGGAUUUAAGGAGCGCUUGCUUGCAGAUGAUCUGUUCUUGGCCAAGGUCGGCAUUGAAUGUGGGGUUGGGAUUUUUACAAAGACUGCUGCUGAAUUGGAAAAGCGCAGAGAAAAAUUUACCAAGGAGCUGGAUUUUGUUUUUGCUGAUGUGGUGAUGGCUAUAAUAGCAGAUUUUAUGCUAGUGUGGCUUCCUGCUCCUACUCUCUCUCUCCGACCACCUCUUGCAGUCAGUGCUGGCUCUAUCGCUAGGUUCUUCCACAAUUGUCCUGAUAACGCCUUUCAGGUGGCUUUGGCUGGAACAUCUUAUUCAUUUCUACAGAGAGUAGGCGCAAUAGUGCGUAAUGGAUCAAAGCUAUUUGUAGUUGGAACGAGUGCCUCUCUGAUUGGUGUAGGUAUAACAAAUGUAUUGAUCAAUGCAAGAAAGGCUUUUGAUAAAACUUUCGCUGGUGAAGCUGAGGAUGUACCUAUAUUAUCUACCAGUGCUGCCUAUGGUGUCUAUAUGGCAGUUUCUAGCAACCUAAGAUAUCAAAUACUUGCUGGAGUUAUUGAACAAAGAAUUCUGGAGCCUUUGCUACACCAACAUAAGGUUAUACUGAGUGCAAUUUGCUUUGUUGUUCGAACUGGCAACACUUUCUUAGGGUCAUUGAUGUGGGUGGAUUAUGCGCGAUGGGUUGGAAUCCAAAAGAUAAGGGAGUGAAGUAUAUCGGUGUUGAUACCAUUUGGUUGCUUUCAUGUUGUCUGAAUAAAUGAAAAUGAUUCUUUGGAAUUCUUAGAGGUGAAUCCAUUUGGUUGCCCCUUUUUUUUUUUUAAUUUGGAAGGUAGAAGGUGAUUGUGAAAAAGAUUUUAAAGAACGCUAAGAAAAUUAUUUAGAAAAUUUCAAAUCAAAGGUAUACAUUUUUUUA